CUGAAAAAGAAAUUCUCAGGCACCUUGCCUCUUUCCAAGAAACUCUUCCAAAUGAUGCAAUUGAUUCUGCACUAAAAUCAUUACUCCAACUUGAUCCAAAUUAUUGGGAUAAAAAAAAGGUGAAGGAUUAUUGGCGACUUAAUCUUGGGCCUAAUAAAAGGAAAAAAAAAUCUGAAAUGGAUAUGGAAUUAUAA